AUGAUACUUCAAAGAUCCAGAUCCUUUCUUUUCACUAUCUCGAUAGGAGCGAUCCUCAUAGUUUUCGUUUCAAUCCGUACAGGUCUGUUAACCGUCGAGGCUCGCACGAAUACGUUCAAGAAAUGGGAGGAUCUUACGACAAACGAGGCGUUAGAGCGGGUGCGACAACAAAAUUUACAUGGAUAUCAGUAUGCGGCGCCCGAAGAGACAUUUUAUGAGAAUGAAUUGAGUGAGAGGGAUCGGGAUUUGUUGGCGAAGUUGGCGAAGGGUAGCACAGCUAGGGAUAAGAGAACACAGACGAUUGAGAGGCUGUAUACUUUGGACAGCGAGGAUGCUUGGAAUAGACAUAUCGAAGACUUAGACGACGAGGGUCUCCCACCGUUAACGAAGUUUACACAAAGAUAUAUCUAUGAACACCAGCACCCGGAAAGCUGCAAAGACAAGAAAUUCAUUGUGAUGGAAUCCUUCCCGAAUGACGAAAGCUUUGGAUUAGGCGCCAUUGUUUUCUCUAUCAGCAUGAACCUCAAUCUAGCACUCCGCUUCAACAGAAUCCUCAUCUUCAACCCCAAAAACGGACCGGGAAGACACUUCAUCGACCCUUCAUCUCACGAACUCUGCGGAAACUCCAUGGAAUGCUUCUUUGAAAAACUUAGCAGCUGCAGUAUGGACGAUCUAACACCGGAAAACCACAUUCUCCUCCCCGCAAGGUCUGAAAUAGACCAAGAUAUCAUGAACACACCCGCAGGAGCUCUGCCCCAAAUCUUUGGAAUCGCCUUAAAAAGAAUGUACCCGAUGAUCACACCCGACACAUUGAAGUACUGGUGGAGAGGUCAAUCGAUAUCAUACAUCAUGCGCUUCAACGCUCGUACAAUGGCCGAAUUACUCCGAAAACGUCGUGAUCCGGCACUACAUAAAGCUCUCUUUUUCGACGGUGACGACAUUGUCGACAGUUCGACUGUGCCUUUCCCCAUGCCUGCGGGAUCGGUAAGCAUGCACGUCCGCCAUGGAGAUAAGGGGAUAGAAAUGGAGCUCAAGAAUUUUCAAGAAUACGUCGAUGCGGCGGAGGAGUUUAUAUCACAGAAUCCUGUGGGAUUCAAGAAGAUUGCAUUUGUGUCGACUGAGAAUCCGGAUGUAUUUGAGCAGGCGAAAGAACAUUUGCAGAAGGAGCAUGAGAUGUAUAAAGUUGUGGAUGCGAAAGCACGAACAACGAGCGAUUGGUCCUGGACAUGGUAUUGGAGUGAAAUUCCCCGAGCCAACAUCGGACCCGAGCAGCAAUUAGAAACAUUUGGAAACCGAACGGAUAUGACAAUCAAUUGGUUUUUACAGCUGAUGAUGGCGAUUGAAUGCGACAUGAUGAUUGGUACAAGAGGUUCCGGAUGGAGCCGUAUGCUGGAUAAUCUUAGAUGUGGGUGGCUCGGGAAGUGCCAACAGCCGUUCCUCGAUGUUGGGGACGUUCAGGAUUGGGUGUUCUAUGGCAUUUAA